AUGUGCUUUCAUCCCAGGAACCUACCAAAGGUAGAAAAGCAUGGUAUCACCACAAAAAAGCUGGAUCAAGCCGUAGAUAUGGCUGCAGAAAAUCUCAAUUUCGCAGAGAUGGAAAGCAUUUGGAAGCUGCAGGCUAGGGAUGUCCCAACUUCGGUGGACAAGAAAAAACUCGGAAAGGCCGAGAACCGAAUAGCACAGAAAGCUGAGCAGCGUGAGGCAGAACCAGUUGUUCGGAAGAAAAGACCAGAAUGCACUGCGACUGCUUCACAGGCACCCAUAAAAGAUUUGGGAACUCGUGGCCAAAACGUAAAGGAUGUGAAAUUGGAAAGUGUUGAUAUUUCGAUCGGAACUAAACCACUUGAUCAAGGUCUGCUAAUUUAA